UGUACGAAAUGAUUGGAGUGGUCCGGCCUGGCCGCCUCUCCGAAGUCAAGGAAAUCGCCAAAACCGCCGGUCGCAUUAUCCUCGAGAAAAAUGGAGUUAUUCGAGGCGUUACAAACUGGGGCACAUUUCUCCUUCCCAAACCCGCAAAGAAGCUUCAAUCAUCACACCACACUGGCCACCACUUUAUCAUGCGCUUUGAUGCCUCACCGAAAACCCAGCAUCAACUGAGAAGAACUAUGAGUUUGGAUCCCAGACUGAUACGCUACUCGAUCGUUAAGAUGGGCAUCAAACUCGAGGACAUUAAGGAUAUACCUGGAAAAGCAGAAUUCAGAUGAAUGAGAACUGGACAACGAGUACAAAAGCAUAAGGGCCACAUGAGGAGGGAAAGUGUAUUAUGAUCGGUGUACAUUAAAGGAAGUGCAUAGCUUUCGGCGUUUAGGCACAAUUGCUUAGGAUCUGCUAGGGUUUGAGGAACACUCGACCACAAGGGCAAUCGGUCUGCUAUAUCAAAUGCGAUUCGAAUUCUUAUCGACAUACCAAUUACAAGCUUUACUCCAAACUCUUGCUGCGCAUCGGUUGCCGUCAAGCUUCGACCACAUAAGAGCAAUUGAAAUCCGUACUUUGGCCUGAUAUGCUUGGACGGUGAACUUGCAGCCGAGAACCCAUUUAGAUUCUCCUGUCGUAUGACAAAGGGGCACGAGUAACUCUGUCCUUGAUUUGCAUUCCAUUGUCGUUCUGUUACUGGAAGCUUUUGAACAGGCAAAGGCGUGUGGCUGCUUGUCCUCUACCAACAAGUGGUAAGGAAAGUUUAUG